AAAGAGAGCAGGCUAAAGGUGUUCCCACAUCCAAAAUCUCAUGGAGGUUACAAGAAACAUCUCUGCAAGUGCAAGGAGGGCCAGAGUACUGCUGAACUACUCCAGGGGGGAGCAAGAGCAGGUCCCACCUGGGGAGGAAGGCAAGCAAGGUCCAGCCACUGCUUGGUCCCACAACUUCCUUCCACUCAGCAGAUGCCCUCAUCUACAUCCCUGUGCUGGAAUGGGAUGUGACAUGAGCUCGAUUCUGUCUGACAUUUUUCUUUCUCAUUUAUGCACUACAGUAAAUCACAUUAAGAUGGUAAGGCCACUGCUGGGUUUUAGAAAUAGAAGCUGCUCACACGUCCAAGGCAACAUUCCCCCCUUCAGAACCCACUGGGGCAGCCAUAGGCAGCCCAGACACUGGCUACAGCUAAAGGCCACAGAUAUAAAAAGAGAAAUGAACAAAAACUGACCCAUCUCCAUGCAAAACUGUAUUUGUGCCAAUGCUAUUAGUGAAUAACAGCCUCUAACCCUUAUACCUGCAGUAAGUCUCAGGACAGGCAAGGAUGCAAUACAGGAGAGGCAAAGGAGACCCACAGAGCCAGGGGAGCUCCAGGGGGUGCAAGGAGGGGAGAAAACAGGGGAUGCUCCAAAAGUCACCCCAAAGUCCUGCUGGUCUCACAGCUGCUGUACUGGCUGCUGGGGAGAGCUGGCACAAAGGCAUUGCCUGCUCCAAAACAUCUGGCUCUCAAGCACUCAGGCAACAUGGAGCAUCUUUUCUCUUCAAGGGUGUACACAAGUGACCAGGCAGGUGGGCCAGGUAAGAGCAACACACAUUCCAGGAGGCAAGAGCUGAUUGCUACUACAGCCCCUCCACCUAUAAAACAUCACAGCCUGGAAUGACAAGCAGAGAGAUGCCAAGCAGAGAAAAAGAAAAGGAAAACCAGAUUUCUCUGCAACUCCCAUAGUAGCAAAGCCAGCGGAAUUGCUGCUAUGAAACCCUUUUGAUUCCCAUGGCUCAUAUUACACUCCACUGCUGCUGACAGAAAAUCAGCCCUAGGUUCUGGCAGGAAAGAAAGGACACGCACAGGAGGGUCUGCAGCAUAAGAGCCUCAGCAGUGAGCUCGAACAUGGAUUUGGAGGAGGAGGAGAAGGAGGUUCCUGAUGUGCAGCUCCAGCACCUGGAGAGAUGUCAACAGCCAGUCUCUGCAGACAGGGGCUGUAAAGGAUGGAUCCCAAGGGUUUGCUCUUUCUCAUUCCCUUUCCCACACCUGUUUUCCUUCCUGGUGGGGCUCUGGAGGCGAGUGGCCAGAGCAGGGCUGGCAGUGCUAGGAGCAAGGACACAGGGCUUGUGCCGGCACAGAGGAGAGGCAAGCGCCGGGGGAAGAGCGGCUGCUAGCUUUGUUGCUCAGGGCUUAAUGCACUAAGAGCCCAGCUGACUCCUGCUCAGACGCCAAGGGAAACCGCAGGCGCUCGGGGCGGCCAGGCACCCAGUGGUGCCGUGUUUCCCCAAACCAUGACGGGACAAAGGCUCGGGAAAUGCAUCGUCCUCUGCCUGCUGCGCUGGAGCUGCCUGAGCUUUGCCUGGAGUGAUGCUGCUGGGCCCGGGACCGCCUCACUCGGUGCAGGACACGUCAGAAAGGGGCUGCCCAGAGACGCUGCCAACGGGACCGACGUGCAGAGCAACAUCUCAGUGCCAUGCACCGCUCUCCCCCCGCCACGCUACGGAUACUACUACGUGGACAGAGGCUCAGGCAUCUCGCUGGGCUCGGUGCUCGUGUACUGGUGCCAGGAGGGAUACCAGCUGGUGGGCAGCGAGAGGCUCGCCUGCCUCCGCCGGGACAGCACUUCAUCCUGGAGCCACCCCCCGCCCCAGUGCCAGGCCGCCGCGCAGCCCUCGGGCACCGGGUCCCGCAUGGCGGUGGCCGCCUCGCUGCUGAGCGGAGCCGUCAUCCUGGCACUGUCCGUCUCCUUCGCCGUGUGCUGCUGGCGGGACAGGGCGAGGAAGAGCCGCGGCGGGUGACAGCAGAGAAGGAAAGCCAGAGGAGGGAAGCGUGACCGCUCCACCGCCGCGAGGGGCAGGAAUGCUUUUGGAAGACUCAAGCACUACCACCGGCGCGAUUACCACCUCUCGGCCGUCUCCAGCUCGGUGUUCCCAGGGGCAUUCGCAGGCUGCAAUAACCUGGCUUUCCACAGCAGCCCAGCCCAGCGGCCGAAGGCGCCCGAGGGAAGAUGGCGCAGUGAGGGCCCGGCCCUGCUGCGGCCCGGCCCCGCCCCGGGCAGCGGCCCGCCCGGCCAGCGGCCCCGCCACGGGCACGGCGCCCUGCUGCCCCUCGGCUGCCCCGGCCUGGAGGAACAUAACCUCUUCAGCAAGCUCGGGAAGCCGGUUUGAGAGGUUAAAUUGCCAUCCCACUUCCUUUUUUGCCCCCUCUUUUAACGCUAUUAACUCCUUGAGCUCAGGAAAGCAUUUCAGAAGAGCCAAUUACCGCACCUGGAUUUUCAAAUGGAGAAAACCUGACACUUCUUGCUGAAAGACAAAGAAUAAUAAAAGGAUUAUAUUUUUUAUUUAAUCCUUUUAUUUCCCUCCCCUGCCCAGCAGUGCACGUUUCAAAUAGGAGUUACCAGGUUAUAAACUUCUUAAUUGAUCAUUGAUCAAAUCAAGUCUGAGCAGCCCCAGCUUAACCUAAAGUCCAUGUAUAGACUUCUAGGUUUUGAACAUGAAUGUGAUUUCCUGUUUGGGGCUCUUAAAGGCUGAAAGUGUAAACAGUUACCAGGAACAAAGAAUGAGUUUAGAUAUCUGGAAGCAUUUACAAUUAAUUGCAGUUAAAUAUAGACAGAGACAAAGUUUAUUUUUGUUGGCAUUCAGAAGUCACCAUAUCCUCCCACUUCUAUACGGACAUUCUUCAACUUGGAAGAUGUAUUGACAAGAGUGCAAAGCUAGCCAGUCAAGGGGAAAAUGUGAAUUUAUCUUUAACACAAAGAACCUAGCACAUCUGAAAACAAACAAAACAACACCCCCUCCAAAAAAAAAAAAAAAAAAAAAAAAAAAGAAAGGAAAAAAAAAAAAAAAAAAAAAGCCCAACUCAAAAUGCAUCAAAUCUCUUUGGGGUUUUUCAUGCUUUCUCUCCAGCAUUAGAAAUUCUAAUCACAUGUAUCAGGACCCAUAGCAGGACUCAAAGAGCUAACCUAAGCACCAUCAAUUGCAUUCAGAAAGCAAUGACACCAUAUUUCUGUCCACUAUAUCCAUCUCCUGGGUGGAAGUCCAGGGGCACGUUCCAGGAACAUAAUUAGUAUCUCCUGGGUGGAAGUCCAGGGGCACGUUCCAGGAACAUAUUCAGUAUCUCCUGGGUGGAAGUCCAGGGGCAUGUCCCAGGAGCACAUGCAGAGCCUGGCCAGGCAGCUCCAGGACACAGCUGUGCCUCUGCAGCGUGCCCAAGGCGCUCUGGGCAGCGGGGCUCGGUGGUACUGCGGCAUCAGGUCUGCACAGAGACGCUCCGGGGAUCUCGGAGGCGCUGCGGUGCUAGAGGAGGGGCUGGCAGCCCCAGAGCUGCUGCAUGCAUGCGGCUGGUAAUAAGAACAAGCACCCCAGCAUGCCCUGCUGGCUCAAGGAUCCAACACGGGAUGCUCAUACAAUCCUGCUACAAAGGCUGGGAGUUUUAGUCUGCCGACUUUGUUUCUGUCAACAUUUGCAUCACAUUUCAAGGAAAGAAGCCUAAAAAAGAUGCAAGGUAGCACUUUCUUGUGAUAAGAGGAGGUUUCAUAGUAGGUGUUGAUACUGCUGCCACUUUUCCCUGGAAUGAGGGCUAGGGACACUGGUUUUUGCUAUUUCCAAUAAUAAAGGAAUCUAUUCCGA